UUCCAGAGACGAGAAAGGCGGAAAAAGACGGGAUUGGCCUUUCGCCUCCGCCAAUCAUCGCCCUACGACCUAGAAGCUCACCCAGCGGGGAAUGUUAACUCAGAGCUCGGGAAGCGCCCGCGGGGGACACUUUCCCGGGUGAAGCGAAAGUAGCUGCUGCCUUUCGUCGCCUCUGCGAUUUGCCCACCUGCUCUUCUUUUAGGAUGAGGGGGCUGCUCCUGGGCUCCGUUUCCACCUGCAGGGUGAUUCUGACGGUCGCCGUCCUGUGCUGCUGCUGCGCUAACAGAGCAGCUUCUUCAGAUAACAAUCUUUUCACCAUCCGGCAUGAAAAGUCUAAUAAGUGCAUCCAAGUUAAAAGCCAGCGCUUAAUAUUAGGAGAUUGUAAGGAGGCAGACGAGAGCUUAUGGACCUGGGUCUCUCAACAUCGCCUUUUUAAUUUGGGAUCCCAAAAGUGCCUUGGACUAGAGACUGUGAAGUCUACAAAUACCUUAAAAAUGUUUGCUUGUGACUCGGAUCUCAAUCUGUGGUGGCGCUGUGUUGGUGAUUCCAUCCUUUCCACAUCUCAGAACAAACUAGCAUUAAAGAAUGAACUCCUCACUGUAAGCCUAAACUCUUCUGAUGUUUGGAGAAGAAGCAAUUCCAGGGAUACGAUUUGUAAAUUUCCAUAUAGUGAAAGUUAUACCAGGGAUGGGAAUGCCUAUGGAAAACCUUGUGCGUUUCCUUACUUACUUAAUAAUACAUGGUAUCAUGAUUGCAUUCACAAUGAGAAGUAUGCAGGAGGUAAAUGGUGUUCCACAACCACUUACUUCAAUCAAGAUGGACAAUGGGGCUUCUGCUUAAAAAGAGAGGAUGGUUGUCAAAAUACAUGGGAACAGUUUAAAGAUUCUGGAAAUUGUUACCAGUUAAACACACAGGCUGCCCUUUCUUGGAAAGCAGCAUACCUCUCAUGUAAGAAACAAGGGAGUGAUUUGGUCAGCAUCACAAGUGCAUCCGAGUUAAAUUAUAUCCGAGCUAAAGAUGGUAUUGCAGAAAUAUUUUGGAUUGGAUUAAAUCAGUUGGAUGUUUCUGGAGGCUGGCAGUGGUCAGAUCAUACUCCAUUGAACUUCGUGAACUGGAAUUCAGAGAUGCAGGAUAUAACUCCACUAGAGGGAAAUGAUUGUGCAGCUAUGAAUGCUGACACAGGUGAUUGGAAGAGUUAUCCCUGUGACACUCCACUUCCUUAUGUCUGCAAGAAACAAGUUAAUGACAGUCAACCAGAUUUCCCAGAUAUUCAGAACAAUGUUGAGACUCAGUGUGAAUCUGGCUGGUAUGCGAACAAUGGAUUUUGCUAUAUGCUAAAGAACAACAUGGCUUCGUGGAAUGAUUCAUAUCAGUUAUGCAAUGAACUCAAUAGUAGCCUGAUCAGUUUACAUUCCUUAGCAGAUGUUGAAUUAGUUAUUACAAAACUCCAUAAUGAUACAAAAGACAAAAUAUGGAUAGGAUUAAUAAAUAAAGACAUUCCAGCCUUGUUUAAGUGGUCAGAUGAUUCCAAAGUAGUAUUUACAUACUGGGAUCAGAAUGAGCCAAAGGUUUCCUUCAAAGGCCUUCCAAACUGUGUCUCCUAUUCUGGAAAGUUUGGCCGAUGGAAUAUCCUACCUUGUAACAAUAAACUUAAGUCUGUGUGUAUGAAAAAAGGAAAAGUUUUAGAGGAACAAAAAUACGAUAAAGGUUGUUCCCCAAGUCAGGAAUGGAAGAAACAUGGAGAUUAUUGCUAUAGGAUUGACAAGAAUGAAGUCGUCUUUGGAAGUGUGUGCAAUCUUACUAUAGCAAACAGAUUUGAACAAGAAUUUAUAAAUAAUUUAAUCAGAAUGCAUAAUAAAGUUGAAGAAAAGUACUUCUGGACUGGCUUGCAAGGUAUCAGCUCAUCAGGAGAGUACAGAUGGGGAAGUGUGGAUGGAAAUAAUGAACUACUAACAUACACAAAUUGGGGUUUCUUUCAACCAGAAUUCCGUGGAGGAUGUGUGGCAAUGUCAAGUGGAAGAUAUAUUGGAAAGUGGGAAGUCAAGGAUUGCCAAACAUUUAAAGCUUACUCUAUUUGCAAGAAGUACAUUGGACCAAAGAGAGAAACAGAGAUAAUGCCGAAAAUCACUGACCCUUGCCCAGAAGGGUGGUCUAAUGGUUCAGGUCUUGCUUGUUAUAAGUUUUUUCAUAAGGAAAGAAUGCUGAGAACCAGAACUUGGGAAGAAGCUGAGAGAUUUUGUGAAGCUCUUGGAGGACAUCUUCCUAGUUUUAGCAACUCAGAAGAAAUUAAGGAACUCCAUACAAUACUGAGGAAGAUCAUCAGUGAUGACAGAUGGGUCUGGAUUGGGCUAAAUAAGAGGAAUCCUGAACUUCUGGGUUCAUGGCAAUGGAGUGACGAUAAGCCAGUCUCUACUGUUGUUAUGCCCCUGGAAUUUAGAGAAGAUGACUAUGAUAUUCGAGAUUGUGCAGCUAUCAAGACCCUUGGACUAAAACGCCGGCCUUGGUGGCAUUUUUACCUAUAUGAAGCUAGAGAAGAGGAGUUCUACUUAAAACCUUUCCAUUGUGAUGCAAAACUUGAAUGGGUAUGCCAGAUCACUAAAGGUAGUACUCCAAAGACACCUGAAUGGUACAAACCAGAUGAAGAAGGAAUUCAUGGGCCAACAGUGAAUAUUGAUGGGUCAGAAUUCUGGUUUGUGCCAAAUAAGCAUCUCACCUAUCAAGAAGCUUCCUUGUAUUGUUCUGAGAAUGAAAGUGACUUGGCUUAUGUGACCACCUUCACUGCGCUGAAUGGAAUUCUAAACACAAUUUUAAAAUUAUCGGACGAGAAUCAGAACUGGUGGUUCAAAUACAAAAUUCCAAUAACUCACUACCGUUUGCGCUUUUUUUCACGCUAUUUUGAAUACCACCCCAGAAAAUGUUGGCAUAUCUCUUAUCAAUCCUGGUCAAGAGGCAGUUCAUUAGAUUGCAGUACAAAACUGCCUUUCAUUUGUGAGAAAUACAAUGCAUCAUUAUUGGAGACAACAGAACCAGGCUAUAAACCACCUCAGAAAAGCUGCCCUGAAAAUUGGAUUUUUGCCCUAAAUAAGUGUUAUCGAAAGGUGACCCCUCAGAACAUGACAUUUAACAAAGCAGAUGAAUAUUGUCAAUCUUUAGGAGGAUUCCUUCCUUCAAUCAAAAGCCAGAUUGAACAAGACUUUAUAACAACUUUACUCCCCAGUCUGCCCCCAAAGAUUUGGAUUGGUUUACGUUCCCAAGUGCAUAUGCAUGUAAGCAAGUGGACUGAUGGCAGUGAUUUAGAUUACAUCAAUUUCCAUCCUUUGCUUCAAGGAAGGCUAAGAAAAAUUCAGUUUGAUGUAUUUAAUGAGGAAGAGAGUAACCAGUGUGGUAUUUUGCUCAAUAAUCCCAAAGCUCACGUAGGAACUUGGAAUUUUACUUCUUGUGCUAAUACUUUGCCUUUGGCCAUAUGUCAGAAGCAUCCAGAUCCUGUAGAAAACCAGACAAUACACGUGCCUGAACUUACCAUGAAAUACCUAAAUGUCACCUAUACCCUAAUUUUGAAGAAAUUGACCUGGUUUGAUGCCCAGGAAGAAUGCCUGCAGAACAAUAUGAGGCUGGUUAGCAUUACAGAACCAUAUCAACAGGCUUUUCUUGGUUCUCAGGUGGCUCUCCAUAACAACCAGCUCUGGAUUGGGCUCUCUAGCUAUGAUGAUGGAGAACAUUAUCACUGGACAGACAAAAAAUACAUUAGUUUCAGUCGUUGGUCUGAAGAAGACAAAGAUUUGGUUGAUGACUGUGUAUAUUUGGACACGGAUGGAUUUUGGAAAACAUCUGAAUGUAAUACAGAAAAAACAGGAGCAAUAUGCUACUUACCCAGAAAUGACACUGAAACCCAAGAAGCAUAUCAUGAAUCAAUUAAAUGUCCACACAAGAUUAAGAAUACACCAUGGAUAGCAUAUCGAAACAGUUGUUACACAUUUCUAAUACCACAAGAUAGAUGGGAAGGAUUGAAAGCAGUGCAAGCUAACCAUUUAUGCAUGAAAAUGAAUUCAAAUGCAUCACUUUUGAAUAUCAGGGAUGAAGAUGAAAAUGAUUUUAUUCUUGAACAGUUUCAGUCUUUCAGUGGUCUUGUUCAGUGGAUGUGGUUGGGUUUGGUUUAUGACACUGACGUUAACCGUCUGAAGUGGUAUGAUGACACAUACGUGUCAUAUAACAACUGGAGAAAUGGACGACCUAACAUCAGGAGUAACUUCUUUCUUGCUGGCGUUAACUUGGAUGGCUUCUGGGACAUUUAUGAUCAUUCACGUAAUAACUGGUUAUAUUGGCAAUUUGGUUUUCAUACCAUCCUGGUCUGCAAGCUAGACCUGGAGCCCAAAAUCAGCCAACCUCCACUUCCUAAACAGCUGCCCUACAAAAAUAAUGUUUACUGGAUUCUUCGGAAACAGCUCAAUUGGUAUGAUGCAUGGAAAGAAUGCAAACAGAAAGGAAGCGAUUUAGCCAGCAUUCACAGUACUUCCGAACAUGUCUUUCUGGAAGAUAUUGUAAAGCGUGAUGGAUUUCCAUUGUGGAUUGGUUUAUCUAAUCAUAAAGGAAAUGAUUCUGAUUUUGAGUGGUCUGAUGGAAGCCGGUUUGACUACCAGCCUUGGGAAUAUCAGCAUUCUCAUUCUUUUGGAAAUUGCUUUGCUAUGGAUACUAAAGGAAUUUGGAAUCGCAGGAAAUGCACCUCUCAAGGCGAUGGUGCUAUCUGCUACUCUUCUUCAAAAAAAGUGCAAUUAAAGCAAACCGAAACAUCAUCAAAGUGUCCAGACUCUCCUAAUGGAGCAUCACAAUGGCUAUUCUACAAAGAUUAUUGCUACGCAUUUGAUAUGGCAUUUUAUAAUUAUUCCACAUAUACUGCAGACACAGCUAAGAAAGUUUGCAAGAAACUUGAUCCUUCUGCAGAUCUUCUGACUAUCAAGGAUGGAGAGGAAAAUAAGUUUGUGAGCGCACACUUGAAAGAAUAUAAUUUUAUUACUGGAAAAGUAUGGCUUGGAAUGCAAUUUAAUGCUAAUUCCUUGAACUGGUUUGAUGGCUCUGAGGCUAAAUAUACAAAUUGGGCUAAUGAAACUGAAAAGGCUAAUGGUCAGUGCAGUGUAAUCUUUUCAGCCAAUGGGACAUGGUCCAAAGCAGAUUGCAACAAUGAACCAAGCAGAGUUGUUUGCAAAACUCCUCAAGUCUCUCGUCAUUCAAGAGGGGCAAUAGCAGUUUGUGUUACAAUCGUUAUAGCCCUCCUUAUUGGAUUAGCAUACUUUCUGUAUAGAAAGAUGCAACUACACUCGUCUGGAUUGACCUCUGUUCGCUAUGAGAGGGGAAUGCAUGACGAUGAAACUGACACCAUGUUUUCUAGAAAUGAUGAUUGAUAACCACUUUUUGCAUGGCAUACAGAAACCAAUUUUCAGAUGCUAUUGACUUUCAUUCUUGGGGUUUAUUGACACCUUCCCUUUUUUUCAAGUUUAGGGGGGAAAGGGGGAUCUUUAACAACAAUCAGACUUUGCACUUUUCGUAACCUGAGAUUUGCACGUGGCUUGAAGUAUGGUGCACUGAACGAUUCUGACAUUAGUAUAUCCGGUACCAUUUACCCAAAUGAAGUAAGAUAGCAGAGGGCCAGAGAAUUACUUGAAAUAUAACUUAUUGGAAAUAAACUAUGUGAUAGUUUAUGGUGUUAAAAAUAUUAUAUUUUCAAAGUUAAAGAUUGUUUUGAGUCAAGCUCAGCUUUUGAUUGCUAUGUGUAUGAUUUACUUGGCAACAGAAUGAGGAGAUCUGGGAUUUCUCAUCCAAGCAUAAGCAGGUCCAAACUUGCUUACCAUUUCUGAGGUCAACCAAGGUCAGUGAGAUAUUGCAAUCUGCUUUGAUCUUUUUAUUAUCCUUCAGACCUUUUGGGGCUAGUCUGAUUUUCAACAAAAAGCUCUCAAAGAUUCCUUCCAUCUUUAAAACAAAUGUAUUAAGAAUUACAGUUCUUUUAUAAAACCAAGCAGUGUAGGAAAAAAUCCUCCAAAAAAAAUAGUAAAAAAAAGGAAAGUUCUCCUUUCAUACCCAAUAAACUUAUUCAAAUUGACAAUUUAUUGCUGUCUUUUAAAUUACAAUCAGGUACAUCUUCAUUCCAUACUUUACCCCAUUUUCUAUAAACUCAUUUUUAAAUUUUCAGCUUCCCUUAUUAAUCAACAAAAGUCCAGUAAAAAUUAACAAAAAUACCUAAGGACAUGAGUAUAUAAUCCCCCUUUCUAUUUAGCCUAAAUCUCCCUCAGCCCUCUCUUACGCAUUACAAAGAUAAGAAUAAUAAAAUUGGAAGCUGUUAAACUUUAUCAGAAAUACUAAAUCCUUAUUUAGAUUUCCAAAAACGGUAAUGUAAAUAUUUCAAACUAAUAUUUAGUUUGUUUACAAAGCAUUAUAUCACCAAAAAUAGCAACUUGUUAUUUAAUCAGCCAAAUAAACCAAUUUUGUAUUUUUUUCUUUUUUCCUCCCAGUCAUCUCUGAAUCCCAUAAAUAAAGUUCUAACUCCUGUUUUCCUGUAGUCUCUUCUUCCUCCUGCCUCUUCUUUUGAAGUUCUUAUUAUAGUCCAUUUGUAUUUUCCAUGAAGUGAUUUGAGUAAGUCUUCCGUAUUUCAAUUUAAAAAGGCAGUCCACAGCAUUUUGGACAUAUUUUUGUAAGAGGGUGUUUUUUUUUUAUUUUAUUUUUAAAUGAUCAUCAAAAUCCAUUUGUAAAUUCAGUAUUUCCAUCUCUCUCUCUCUCUCUCUUUUAGUUGUAAUUUUUAGGUCCAGCUUAAACUCCUUUUCAGUUGUCUUCAAAAGAGUUCAUCUUCAAUAACAUUCUUUCCAGGAAAGAAUUAAAGCAGCUCAAGCACUUCAGAACCUAUAGAUCAAAAACUCCUUUUAAAGUAGCCAUCAUGUACUUGUUUUGUUUUAAAAUGUAAACAACUCAGAUUUUUCCCCACAUGAGGUCUUUCUAAUUAGAGUUGCAAAACAACUCUAAAAUCAUUGUUUCAGUGUAUAUUGCAAAAAGUUACCAAAAAAAAUAAUAAUAGAAGACUUAAAAAGCUGGAAAAAAAACAUUGUUUGUUUUAAACAGACUGAAAGGACAUUUACCCAGCAACUACUGUAGUAGUCUUUGUAGUUCAGAAGUAUUUUCAACCUUAAAAGAGGCAGUAAAAAUUCCAGAGUGAUUGAAAACAUGAGGUUUGAUCAAGCCUUGAGUCCUUACAGGUUUCAUUUGAAGCUCAAAGGAGGGUAGAAACCCAAACUCCCAGCUGUUUGCAAGCAGCUGUGAAAACAACAGUUUCUAAAGAUUUCAGCUGACUGAAAUACAUAUGGGCAAUCUCCAGAUCUCUUUCUUCCUGAGAGAAUUUUGACAGUCUGGGUCUUGCAUCUAAGUGCCUUUUCGACCAAAAUGCCCCUGCAUCCACCCAGAAUAGAGAAUAUUGCAAGUAUUGCCUUGCCUUGCUGCAUCGGAAACCCCAGAGUUCUUCAUCUUGAUCAAAGUUACAAAUUCAAUUUGUAUUGAUUUACUGUAUUAAUUUUUAAAGCUUGACUCUUAUAUUUUCUGUAGCUACAACAAAAGAAUAGCAACAAAUUAUUGUCAGAUUUUAUUUUUCUUAGAUUUUUCUCCUGAGUUUGCCGUAUACACUGGAACAGGUUAACCUCAGUUCAAGAGCUAAAUGAAAGUUUCAGAACCCUACUGUCCAUUCACUAUUACACGAAUGGAAGUGUUUUUUUAUUAUUAUUAUUUAUGUUAGACUUAAUAUUUUUCAAAAGAGGUACUAAGUAUUUUCUUUAUUUGUAUUCAAAAUACAUUGAUUGCAAUCUAAAGUCUUAUUCAUGGUCAGAGAAUGCUUUACUGAUGCUUAAACUGGAGCACCCAUAAUGUUUUCUCGCCUGAUUCCACAGCACUGUAUUGGUGAUUUCUCCUAGCCAUUCAUGCCAUCAACUUCUUCUUCCUCAUUCUUUGCUGUGGAUGGAUUUUUCUGAUGGUACUUGUAACAUGGAACAAUUCAACACGGAGUAAACACGAUAUUUUGUCAGAACUUAGUAAACUUUAGAAAAGUUACGUUAUAAAAAUCUUCUGAUUCCAAUAGAGUUUCCAAAGAGGUGGUUCAGCUGAUUUUAAAGCCAAAGCAUUUCUUGGCAUUAGGAAGACUAGUGAAAUUUGUUAGCCUUUAAGGUGCCAAAACCACAUUAAAUUUUAUGAUUUGAUUUGUAGCAUUUCUUAAAAUGUUUCCUUUAAUGAAACUCACCAGAGAGAUAAUUAACAUCCACUUCUGAAAACACCAUCAGAGGUUACAGGGAAAAAUACUGGUUUAUUGCUAAGUUAGCACUUUUAUCGCUAAGUUAGCUCUUUUAAAAGAUAGUGAAUAUGCAUCUCUGGAAUUAGUGAUAUAUACAGCUCUUUUUUUAAAAAAAAAGAUCAAGCAUGUUUCCUAUUUCAUAUACAAGAGGAAAUCCGCUCCACAGCAUUAAUUAAACAAAUGCUACGUGUGCCCUUUAUGAAAAUAAGGAUGUUUUGUGUGCCUUGAAUUCUAUAUUCUAUCGUUCCAAUGCAAUGGAUGUACAGUUUUAUGCACAAAUAUAGGCCCUUGUAGCAAAACAUAAACUCAAACCUUCAGCUUAUUUCUUUCCAAUUCCUUUUUUCAAGACAUUUUGUGUGGUCUUAUAAACAUGUGGGUAAAUACAUCCUUUUCUCUAGAAGUGAACAUUUGCUUUUAAUUUUUGUAAUGUUUAUAGUUUUAAUAUAUUUUUAUGUUGUUUUAUUAUUACUGAUUUUUAAUUCUUGACUGAGAGCAGCCCAGAUUUUGUUGUAAGAUGGGUGGUUAUAUAAAUGUUUUAAAAUUGGACAGAAAGCCAACUUUUCUGCAGUUAAUUGCACUGCUUUCUGUAUGUUCAUUUCUGCACUUGACUGUUAAGAUUGAAGGAUAUUUUACUAUGACCUUUCCAGGGAUGUCACCACAAUGUGUGUGAGGACCUAAUAAAGAAAAGAGGUAGUUUGCACUAAAGAAGUGAUGACUGUUCUUUUUUUAAUUAUUAUUUAUAUCAUUUGUAAAAGAAAUGCCUGGAUGCUUGUAUAUGCUCUGUGUCAGGAGUCAAAGGGACAAGAACCCUAAUUAAAACUAGAGAUAGGAAAAGUGCAUUAAGGAGAAAUAGGCCUGUGACCUUGCUCUUGUUGCAGUGUCUGAUAGAUAACGCAUUAUCCUGGUGCAAGGGCACUCCAGAAAGCUUUUCUAGUUUCUGCUAGCUGAAAUUGGAAUGAGUAGUCUGCCAAAUAUUGCACCUUGGGGAUAUGGGGAUUGAUGUAACUUUGCAACAAGAGCCAUUUUAAGGAACUACAUUGAACAAAAUCCUAACCAAAAGUGCUGAAAUGCCUGUGUUGUAGUUCUUAAAUUAACAGCCUAGUUCAGCCUGCUAAACAGUGAUAUAUGGAUAAAGUCGGGGGGGGGGGGGAAGACACCCUUAGACUGUAUAAGGAAGCCUUGUUCAGAAAACCAAAAUGCCUUUAUUGAAGUUUAUACCUGAUAACUACUUUUGUAUACUGUUUAAUCAACUUGCCAAGGAGGUAGUUGUUAAUGUUAUCUUGGUCAGACCAUGUCAAUAGCAGGACUGAAAGAGAGUCCCCAUAACACACCUCUGCAAAUCACAGAAAAGCAGGCCUCUUACUGUAUAUUAAGAUCCUACUUUCACAAGGCUUGAUUUUCAUGGUCAAGAGAUAGAGUACGAAAUAAAGAGUUUAAAAGCAAGUAAUAUUUUGUUUAUAUAUGUGAUAUUCUGUUUAAUAAGUUUGUGCAACCCUACUGACACAAGGUUAUUUUGCACUCACAGGUUAUUUUAAUGUGAAUCUCUACAUAGAAUUAGGGCUAUUCAAUCAUUCAGCAUAAAAAUAAAACAUGAACAAAAUAUUCCACUCUUUCUAUGAAGGAUUUGCAAUCUAAAACGUAUUUUGUAAAUGGUUUUAAUUCUGCUUGAUUUUUUUUUUCCAUACAAAAAUAUACUUGGACAAAUGGGAAAAAAUGUGUGAACUAAUACAGAUGCCUUAAUGUAUCUAAUUAGCUCUCUUGGAGGGAGUUUGCAAUGAAGCUUACCUGUGGUGGUGAUAAAAGAAACAAGAUUUAUAAAAAGCUUCAAUAAUUGCUAGAUUUGGAAGGGAAGAAAAUUACAAUGAUUCAGUUGUUCUCUCCUUAUUAAAAUACUUCUUAUGCUUCAUUAUUUUUUUAAAAAUAUCAAUGUUAAUAAAACUGUUUAAAAAGUCA